CUCACACAUCCGUUCUUCUCUCUCAUUUUCUCUUUGAUCAUCCCAAUCGAUCCAUCACUCUUUUUUCGUCUCUCCCCCAUCUUGGCAUAGAGGAUCAUCGCUAUACUGCAGGAAAAAAUGGAAUUUUGUCAAGAUUCACGCAAUGGCAAUGGUUCACUGGGAUUUAACACUAAUGACCCUUUGAACUGGGGCAUGGCGGCAGAGUCACUAAAAGGAAGCCACCUGGAUGAGGUCAAGCGCAUGAUCGAGGAGUACAGGAAGCCUGUGGUCAAGUUAGGAGGUGAGACCCUGACCAUAGGCCAGGUAACUGCGAUUGCCAGCCGUGACGUUGGUGUCGUGGUGGAGUUGUCAGAGGAGGCUCGAGCUGGUGUCAAAGCCAGCAGUGACUGGGUCAUGGACAGCAUGAGCAAGGGCACAGACAGUUAUGGUGUUACUACUGGUUUUGGUGCAACCUCACAUAGAAGAACCAAGCAAGGUGGAGAGCUUCAAAAGGAGCUUAUAAGGUUCUUGAAUGCCGGUAUCUUUGGAAAUGGCACGGAGUCUAGCCAUACAUUGCCUCGCUCAGCAACCAGGGCAGCUAUGUUGGUCAGAAUCAACACCCUGCUUCAAGGUUAUUCAGGCAUAAGAUUUGAGAUGCUGGAAGCUAUCACGAAGCUGCUCAACCACAACAUCACCCCAUGUUUGCCACUUAGAGGAACAAUCACUGCCUCUGGUGACCUUGUACCAUUGUCCUACAUUGCUGGGCUCUUGACAGGCAGGCCUAAUUCAAAGGCAGUUGGACCCCAUGGAGAGCCCCUAAGCCCUGCUGAAGCCUUUACACAAGCUAGGAUUGAUGGCGGCUUUUUUGAGUUGCAGCCGAAGGAGGGUCUAGCACUAGUGAAUGGUACUGCAGUGGGUUCCGGUCUGGCUUCAAUGGUGCUUUUUGAGGCUAAUGUGUUGGCAAUCCUAUCAGAAGUUCUGUCAGCAAUCUUUGCUGAAGUUAUGCAAGGAAAACCUGAGUUUACUGAUCACCUGACACAUAAAUUGAAGCAUCAUCCUGGCCAAAUUGAAGCUGCCGCCAUCAUGGAACAUAUUUUAGAUGGCAGUGCCUAUGUUAAAGAAGCUCAGAAGUUACAUGAGAUCGAUCCUCUACAAAAACCUAAACAAGACCGAUACGCUCUUCGAACAUCUCCACAAUGGCUAGGCCCUUUGAUCGAAGUGAUUAGAACAUCAACUAAAAUGAUCGAACGAGAAAUCAACUCUGUCAAUGACAAUCCUUUGAUUGACGUGUCGAGGAAUAAGGCUCUAAAUGGAGGGAAUUUCCAGGGGACCCCAAUUGGUGUUUCAAUGGACAACACUCGUUUGGCCAUUGCUUCAAUUGGCAAACUCAUGUUUGCACAAUUCUCUGAACUUGUUAAUGACUUUUACAAUAAUGGAUUGCCUUCAAACCUUACUGGUGGCCGCAAUCCAAGCUUGGAUUACGGGUUCAAAGGUGCCGAAAUUGCCAUGGCAUCUUACUGCUCGGAGCUCCAAUUCCUAGCCAAUCCUGUCACCAAUCAUGUCCAGAGUGCUGAGCAACACAACCAAGAUGUCAACUCCCUGGGCUUGAUUUCUUCAAGAAAAACAGCUGAAGCUGUUGACAUAUUGAAGCUCGUGUCAACCACUUUCUUGGUUGGUCUAUGCCAAGCCGUUGACUUGAGGCACGUAGAAGAGAACCUAAAGAACACAGUUAAGAACACUGUCAAUCAAGUUGCUAAGAGAGUCUUGACAAUGGGCUUCAGUGACGAGCUUCACCCUUUAAGAUUCUAUGAAAAAGACUUGCUCAAGGUUGUUGACAGAGAACAUGUCUUUUCCUACAUUGACGAUCCUUGCAGUGCAACCUAUCCAUUAAUGCAAAAGCUAAGGCAAGUACUAGUCGAGCAUGCCUUGGUGAAUGGCGAAAGGGAAAGGAAUUCAACCACUUCGAUUUUCCAAAAGAUCGGAUCUUUUGAGGAAGAACUGAAAACCCUUUUGCCUAAAGAAGUGGAGAAUGCUAGACUUGAAGUUGAGAAUGGAAAUCCAGCUAUUCCAAACAGGAUCAAGGAAUGCAGGUCAUACCCCCUGUACAAGUUUGUGAGGGAAGAAUUGGGAACUAGGUUGCUAACAGGUGAGAAGGUCAAAUCUCCCGGCGAGGAGUUCGACAAGGUUUUCACAGCUAUCUGUGCAGGGAAGUUGAUUGAUCCCUUACUGGAAUGCUUGAAGGAAUGGAAUGGUGCUCCUCUUCCUAUUUGCUAAGCUAUGGAUGUCCUGUAAUCAUCUGUCUUUUUUCUUUUUUCUUACUAAACUUACUUGUCAUGUCAAUUUGUACGUAACAAGAAAAGUGUAAGCCUAUGUUGUCUAUUUACUUUCAAAUCAUUAAAGAAUAUUUCUUUGUACAUCAACAAAUGCACAAUCCUAAAUAAAAAGGAUUAGUUUUUUUA